AUGGCAAGAAUGCUACCUCGUUCCAAGAAAACGAUAUUCAUUUUCUUACUUAUUGGCAGUAGUAGUUUUUAUGUGUAUCAGCAAUUUGGAGGACAGAACAGCACUAAAAAAGAGCGAAGCCCUGGUAUUCAACAGGACACAUCAGGCCAAGAAGAAUCGUUAGGAAUGUCUUCUGUGAAAAAUGGCCGGGGAUAUGUUGGUGAUAAACAUGGGAUGAAGUGGGGUCCAGUAUUAAGGAAAGGUGCUCAUUUUGAAAUGGAUAGAAGUAAUCUUGAUGGGCGAAAUAAGGCGGUUCCAGUUAAAUUGGACUCUAUAAAUAACCAGGCAAAGAAACUGAAAGCAAAAUAUACUGGAGGAAAGAAUGUAGCUGAAAAACGAACCCAUCGAAACAGAAAUGAUGAAUUCCGAAAAACCAAGCCUAACAGAGUUAAUAGAGGGAGAAAACAAUUUAAUAGAUAUAGUAACGAGAAGAAACGUUCCCCACGUAGAGGAAGGGAGGGGCGAAAAUACCAGAAAAAUCAACCUAACGGGGGAACUGACGGUAAGAAUCUCCCGGGUAGGGAGAGAGGUGAUGUAACGAAUUAUAGCGGGGAAACCCAUGACAAAAGCCGGAUACAUAUACAAUACGGAGAAGUAAAUACGAGGAAAGUUAAACCAGUAAAACCUAUCAAUGAUUUACAACAGGACUYUAAAAUAGAAAACAAACAACAGAAUAAAAAAUUGUGCAACAUUACAUUCGAGUACGGCCAAAUGUGUCCGACUCUGUACACGGAUCUCGGCGGAUACUGCAAGAUAGACAAGAAAGUACCGGGAGGAUUUGACUGCCCUGAUAUUCGUAGAAAAGGAUAUAAUGAACUACGAAGCACUCAGCUCGUCCUCACGAGACUUCUAAAGAUAUUUGACCUGGUUGCUAGGAAACAUGGCAUCAAAUAUUGGAUUACAUCCGGGACUUUGUUAGGUGCUGCAAGACAUCGAGGCUUUAUACCAUGGGACGAAGAUGCUGACAUUGAGAUGACACUGGAUGAGUACAUCAAACUCUUCAAAUGUUGCAAAAAUGAAUUCCCAGAAGGAAUAUUUUUUCAGAGCUCGGAGACAGAUCCUUAUUUAAAAUCACAGAAUGAGACGGAAAAUCGCCUUUUGAGACACCCAGUGGUUGGGCUUUAUCGACGACUAUGGAACCCAAGGCUAAGAGACACGAAGAGUUGCUUUCCACUAGAACCGCCCACUUGA